CCGUAAGUAAGGUGGAGUCGUGCCAGGUAUGGUGCUUACCAAUGCAUUCAAUUGCGGAAUAUAUACUUGACGUGAUUGGUGCAGGGGCAGCUGCGGCCUCCACAACUGAUUGGUAUCAUGUCUGGAAAAGUUCAUGAGAGGCAAUGCAACUUCAGGUUCAGAUCGAAAAGAUGCACGAACAUGGUCGUACUUGCCCACAACAGCAGCAGCCCAGCGUCCAGUAUUCCGUCUUCGCUACCUCAUGGUCGCACCAGUUCAUUACCUUCCAUACAGCGUACGAAACCCGUGAAUGUUCUAGUAGGAUGUAUCACUGGACCGCUCUCGUCGUGUCACAACUUGCUGCUGAGUUUCUUUGGAACAUGCCAAGGGCGGCGAUGUUCUUUCUCUGCUGUUAUUGGACUGUCAGAUUUUUCACGGGCCGACUGGCAGACUACAUAUUCCUCGUGCUCCCUGUCGCCGUCCUGUUGUUUUAUACCAUGCUUGGACAUGGCAUCGCGUCCAUGGCACUGACCACUUCAGUUGUAGCCCUGUACUUUACAACUUUCCUUAUAUUCCUCUUGAUCUUUGACGGCGUAAUCGAGUCAUUCAUGGAGCUUAAUUGAUGGAAAUGGAUAUAUAAGGUCUCUCCUCUCGUAUACAUCAUCGAAGGUCUCAUUGGUCAAGGUCCGUGAAUGAUAUCUCACUGGAUAAUCAAUACAUCUUCGUGGCUAUUGGCGGGGAAGCCAUUCACUGCUAC